AUGUCAUCCCAAUUCCAAUUGAAGGCAUUUGCUAACAUUAUCCUACAGGAAAGGUGGUAUUUGUGGGGGGCACUCGCCAUGUUCUUUGCCCGGUCCCUGGCUGAGGUGGCAGUGGUGCUGAAAGCACAGACCGAGAAACCACCCCAGCUGUGUCUCGAGAAUCACAUUGGCUCAGGGGACACUGUCUGCGUUCCUUCUUUUGGUACUCCGCAAUACAUCCCACCCUCGACUGCAGAGAGCAACAUGGCCGCCAUUGACAUUCCAUACGGCCUGUUCAGCAUUUUGUUUCUCGUCGCGAUGUGGCUCGCUGCGCGGGAGACAACUGGUGGCUAUGACCAAGAGGGGAAUCAGCAGCAAUUGGUAAUGUCAGACAUUAGAUCUGCCGUCUUGCAAAAGCUUCAAGAGCGGACAAACCAGAGAAGAAAGAAAUCCCCACCAUUUCGGGAGAUCAUGGAUGAGAUCGAAGAAGACCUCGACAAGUCUCUGGAGUCCGGCCCGCUGGCAAGGUCUUUGGCCACGGUUAGCCCACAGUACAAACGACAAGCGGCCCUUGCUUGCAUACAAGAGCUACGAGACAAGUAUGAGGGUGCCAAGCCCCGUUACGGAACCGAAGACCCUCCCGGUUACCAUCUCGCGUAUAACCCACAGCUACCGAGUCUUGGUCCGAGCUCCGCCACCUUGACUCCCGGCGCCGGCGGACUCGGAUCCGUUCGUGGACAUGACGACGAGGUGUCUGUUCAUGGUUCCUCUCUCUGGGCAGAGGCAUCAAUCAGGACACCCCCGGAAACACAACGACCCCGCUACCAUCCUGCUCCCUCGUCAUAUUCGGUACAAGAGCUAGAGGUACCCAACCAGCCUCUCUCCCACCAAUCCUCCCAAAUCGAUAUGGUUCCCGCCGAGACAACACCGUAUUACACAUCCCCGCCUAUGCCGGCACAAGCUCAGCAACGUCCCCUGGUGCGAGCAGCAUCAAUGGGCAGACUUGAUCCUAUCCCACCACCGGGCUUUACCUCGCCGGAGUUGUGGAGUCAUGGAGCAGGAUAUGAUGCUUACAACCCUGUACAUUCCAUGUCUCAGGACGCGAUCCCGCCUGUUCCUGUGGUUCCAGGUCAGUUUCCUGCUGCGAACGUACCUGGUAUACCGCUUGCGGCUGCCUCUCAAGGGUAUAGAGCGGCUGCUAUGCCACGACCGGCGGCGCUGAGAUCUCAAGCUGCAAGGGGAGUUGCACCUGGGCCCUCGAUGGUGCAGCAAAUGUCGAGACCGAUGGAUAUGGGUGGGGGGAGAUCGGUGAGUGAUCCGGUUGUGUUGACGCCGUUUUUGGCGAGGGCGGAGGUUGCGGGUGUGUCUGGGGGGCCACCACCGGUUGCGGAUGGGAGAGGAGGUGGGAAUGCGAUGGGGACUAGUUGGAUGCGGGAUGAGGAGCGAGCUAGAGGUAGAGUGGAUGAUGAUGGGUUGGGGAGGUAUUAUUCAGCUAGUGGGGGUAGACAGUGA